CCACUGUCUCAGUCACACAAUUCACAGAGGGACAGAGAGAGAGAGAGAGAGAGUCGGGUUGAUGAUGGAGAGCCUGCGCGGAGGAGAAGAGGGGGUGGUGGUGGUGGUGGUGAGGAACAAGCAGGUGAUCCUGAAGGACUACGUCCGUGGCUUCCCAAAAGAAGCAGACUUCGAAAUCAAGACCGGCGACGUGAGGUUGAAGGUGGAGGAUGGCUCCGGUGGGGUGAUAGUGAAGAACAUCUACUUGUCCGUCGACCCUUACAUGCGUCUGCGCAUGCACAGGCCUCAACCCCAUCCCUCCUACUUCUCUUCCUUCUCUCCCAGCUCUGUGAUGACUGGGAAUGGAGUGGCAAUAGUCGUGGAUUCUGGUCAUCCAAAUUACAAGAAGGGUGACUUGGUUAGGGGAAUUACUGGGUGGGAGGAGUACAGUGUCAUCACAACACCUGAAACCCUCUUCAAGAUACAGACAACCGAUAUUCCGCCUUCCUAUUACCUUGGAAUCUUGGGUGCAACUGGCUUGACUGCCUAUGUUGGUUUGCAUGAGAUAUGUUCGCCAGAGAAGGGUGAAUAUGUCUUCAUUUCAGCAGCAUCUGGUGCAGUAGGACACCUUGUAGGUCAACUUGCAAAACUGAAGGGCUGCUAUGUUGUUGGUAGUGCUGGUAGUGAUGAAAAGGUUGAUUUGCUGAAAAGCAAGUGUGGAUUUGAUGAGGCCUUCAAUUACAGUAAGGAGCAGGAUCUGGAUGCUGCUUUGAAAAGGUACUUUCCUGAAGGCAUUGACAUAUACUUUGAGAAUGUCGGGGGCAAAAUGCUCGAUGCAGUGCUGCUCAACAUGAGACUCCACGGCAGGAUAGCAGUAUGUGGAAUGAUCUCGCAAUAUAACAUGGAUAAGCCUGACGGGGUUAAAAAUCUUAUGCUUAUUGUGUAUAAACGGUUGCGGAUGGAAGGUUUUAUGGUAGCUGAUUACUAUCACUUGUACCCUAAAUUCUUGGAUGAGGCGAUAUCUUACAUCAGAGAAGGGAAGAUUGUGUACGUGGAAGACAUAGUUGAAGGGCUAGAGAGUUGUCCAGGCGCUCUCAUGGGAUUAUUUAAGGGGCGUAAUGUCGGUAAACAAGUGGUUCGAGUUGGUCAAGAUUAAGUAAUUGAUAAGUAGGCUCUUGGAAUUGUUCACAGAUAUUCCGUAAUCAUAUGCGGCUACUAUAGUAUGUAAUUGGGCAAUGCCUGAAAGAUUGAUCUUGAAAUUGUAACGGCAUAGCUCUUACCAAUUGAGUCCAAAUAAUUACCCAUUAUUUGGUUCUGACAAUCAUAGGGAAUUGAUAAAUAGGCAAGAGCUUUCUGUUUUUUCAUCAUCGAA